AUGCCUCCACCUUCCGCCCUCACCUCCUUCAUCUCCUCCCACUCCCCUCCAUCCCCUCACUCCCCUCACCACUACAACCUCGCCCUCCAAAUCCUCCACAACCUCCAAUAUCAGCAUUCGUGGACGUCCCUCCGUAUCCAUACGCACUCGCAUCUCACCAAUGUGUCGCUCCCACGGCCGCUGAUAUCGGGAAUGCCUCCGAAGAGGAUAUAUGUACAUCCCGAUCAGCAGCUGGAAGAGCUGAAGGCUGGAGUGAAGGAUGACGAGGUCGAGGUAGAGAGGGAGUGGGUGCUGCCGACGCACCUGCAGGAGAAGUGGUCACUGAGGAGGUUUGCGGAGGUUGUUGAUGCGGUUGGGGAGGAACCGUCUGAGGAUCAUGGAGGGCAGAUAACCGAAGAGGCGAAGGGAAAGAGGAGGGGUGGGAAGAGAGUACUGUUGGCUACGUUGGGUGAUGACAGCACUGUUGUGUACUAUAUCGUGCAUGAUGGGAUUGUGAAACCUAGACAGAAUUGA